GCACACAUUUUCAUAUGGGAAGUGCUUCCGGGUCAGCAGAGCUGUUAUUUAGGAGGACGAUCUAGGAUUUGUUUAAAAUUAAGACGAAAAGAAACUCAGGACAGAUUAAUUUACACCUGUUGCACAAACGAAGGAAACUAUGUCUGAAAACUUGCUGGAUUUUCAAUUUCAGCUCGGCAGUGUUAUGGAAGUUUUAGUCAAAUCGGUUAUGUGUGAAGCAACAAAACUUUUUGAAACGGGAGUCUUCCAGCUGAGGGCUGAAAUAGCUAUUAUUAAAGAAGAAAAUGAAAAUCUGAAAUCAAGUCUGAUGUCUAUGGGCGGCACGCGCCCGAGCUCGCGGGAGGAUGAUGGAGGCUGCCUCGGUCUCGAGAGCGUAAAUGGCGGAAAACAUAAAGAAACAUGCUCACCAAGGCCGUGUGGUGGUACCACAGCUCCGACUAGGGGGCUGGAGACUAUGCCCAUGAAGGAGGAGGUUCCCAGAAUAGAGUCUGUGCUUAUUAAACAAGAGGAGAGUGACCCUGAGGAGUGCAUGUCUGGCUUGUCUGUGGUCAGUAAGCAGCUAUGCGAAGUGCCAUCUAUCAACCGAGAUCCAGCCAAUGGAACGUCAAUGGACAAACCUUUAAUGGACGACUAUGAUGAUGGGGAAGACACACCAGCCACUGGAGGUAAAACACACGCUUGUACUGACACACAGGAGUUCUGUGAGAUUCAUAAGACCGAGUCCAGCAAUGAGCAAGACCUACAUGCAGCCCACCAGGCAAAAGCCCAGAAUAAUACCACAGAUAGUAAUAAAGAGAGAACCAGUGAGUUCUGGCCUGUGUGCAGUGAGGAGGAUAGUCAUGUGGCUAUCGAUGGGCAUCGGCUCACUUGGCUGAGUGACUCAGAUACACAGUUUGGCCCCUACACAGAAGAGGACGCCAGCUGUAAGACUCUCGGAAGCUUUUCGAGGGCUGACGAGGUCUUUGUGCAUUUUGUCCCGGCUGGAGGUGUGGCUGAGCUGUCGGCUGUGGGGGCUGACAAAGCAGUAAUGAUGGAACGUGACGUGGCCCAACGCAAACCACGGCAACGUCAUUUCCACAACCAGCGAGGUGUUGUAGCCCACCAGAGCAUUCAUACUGGAGAGAAGCCAUAUUCCUGUAUUCAGUGUGGGAAAGCGUGCGCCAGCUUGCAAGGGCUCAACAGACACAGUCAGGUCCAUUUGGGGAAGAGGCUGCACCAGUGCUCACAGUGCGGGAAACGCUUCGUGUAUCAGUUCAGUCUCACAAAGCACCAGCUGAUUCAUUCAAGUGAAAGGAUGCACACCUGCAAGUACUGUGACAAGACCUUCAUGUUCAAGUUGGAUCUGACCAUUCAUUUACGCAAGCACACGGGAGAGAUGCCGUAUGGCUGCAGAACCUGUGGGAGGCAGUUCAAGCACAAGAGGAUGCUGAACAUGCACCUGAAGGACCACUCUGGGGAGAAGAAGCACCUCUGUACUCACUGUGGCAAGAGCUUCCGGGACCGAGGCAAUUUCAAGAGGCACAAGCGAAUCCAUACUGGUGAGAAACCAUACACCUGCCAUCUGUGUGGUAGGUGCUUCACCCAGUCAGCGCAUCUCAAAAAACACUACUUCACACAUAGGUAGUGGACUUGGACGAAAAUUUCUGAUCUAUAUUAGAGCUGGGCGAUAUGGCCUAAAAAUAAAAUCUGAUUUUUUCAUAAAUUCGAUUUUAAUCGAUUUUCCCCUCCCAUACUCAAAAUCAAACUACAGAUGACAAAUAAAUGGUUAAAAACAAGUU